UCCAGCUAUACUCAAAAUACACAGAUUAUACGAGCCUUCUUUUAUUUUCUUUAUUUUUUUUUUUUCUUCACUUCACGGCGCAAAUAGUUUAUUUCCUGUUGUCACAUCAUGAUCUACACAAUGAGCUGUCCAAUCUGCAAUCUUGAUGACUCUGAAUGUUGUUGCGCAUAUAUGAUGCCUUCGUCGCCUUCUCCUCUUCCUUCAGAGGAAGAAGACCUUGUGGAUCCUCAAUCAUCAUUCUUUGAUUCUACUAAUACUACGACCUUCAUGAUUAGUAGUAUCGCAACAUCCAUCAUAACCGAAGAUGAUCAUACAACUUCUACCACCGUCAAGGUGAAAAGUACAACUAAGGUUACAACCACAAUAGGGCCACAACCUAAAAAAUCGUUGGCUCCUUUAUCCUCAUCUUCAUCACAGAAACAAAAACAGCAAUACCCAGACGAUGGUGAGGAAAGAAAAGUGAAACCAGAAGCUGAUGAUGAAGAGAAAGACCUAAUAAGGGAAAGAAUGAAUACCUUUGACGACAAGGAAAACAAGUGGCCGGGGAACGAUCGCCCGCUCUCGCCUACAGCGCCUCUAUCACCAAGAGAGUCCUUUCCACCAUUGACAUCGGUACCGGCACCACAGCCAGGGGCAUCACGUCCACCAUCGAAACAGUCAUCACGGCUCUCUUAUUCUCGGCUGGAAGGGAAUCCUUGCUUAACUAAAGCUUUCACAAUCUGA